AUGGCAAACACGAACGACGAGCGGCUUGGGAUGAUCGUGGUGAUGGGAGUCACAGGCGCGGGGAAAAGCUAUCUGAUCAACAGGCUCGCCGGACGCACGCAGAAAUGCCAACUCGUACCAGUCGUGAUCGGCAACAGCAGGCUUCUUGUUGUCGACACGCCCGGCUUCGACGACGCGGACCGUACCGACUCGGAGAUCCUCAACGAGAUUGCACGCAUAAUCUCAGCACAAUACAUGCUCGGAGUAGAGCUACGAGGUGUCGUGUACGUCCAUCGCAUCACCGACGUGCGGUACGCGGGCUCCUCGGUGAAGACAUUCGAGAUCUUCAAGAAAAUCUGCGGCGAGGAAGCCUUGAAGAACGUGCUCCUGGUGACUUCGAGAUGGUCCGAAGUGGCACCCGUGACCGGCGCAGCGCGGGAACGGGAGCUAAGGGACAAGUUCUGGGCAUACAUGCUGGACAAGGGUUCCAACAUGAGCAGAUUCCACGGAGACGGCGACUCGGCCAUCAGCCUCAUCAGCCAACUCUUGGAGAAGGAUAGCGUUGUGCUAGACAUCCAGCGAGAGCUUGUUGAUCGCAGAAUGCGACUCCACGAGACGUGCGCUGGGGCGUAUCUGCAGGGGAACGCCGAGGCCGUCAAACUCCAGUGCGAAGAUGAGCUGGCGGGGCUGACACGCUUGAAACGGAGCAUCCCGGGCAACAAUCGGGCCAUGAGCCGCCAAGUGCGUCGGGACUGGGAUCAGCAGCAGGCCCGGCUGGCGCGAGCGCAACAAGACAGUGGAAAUCUUGCAGUGCCUGUGGCCAAAGAGGUCCAGCAUGAGAUGGGAAAGAAGAGGAGGAUAUUUCGCAGAGGUGAGCAAAUGUCGUACCCCGCAUCGCGUCUGAAAACCACCGAGUUUCUGAAGCCUCACCAUCUUGGUCAUUCUCCUAUUCCGAAAACCAUGGCAUCGACGAGUGAGGAACCCCUGUCUGAGGAGCAGAAUGAGGCAGAGAGUGUUAUCAGUUCGGUGGAUUUUGGGAGCAUGGCCGAGAGCAUUCCGAGCCAUCGAGGCCGGCAAGCCUUGUCCGACACCACCCCGUAUACGUCCCAUGACCGAGAGCAGCUGGGCCAUAAGCCUCAUAGGAAGAAAAAGCACAGAAAGUAUCAAGCUGGUCCGUCGGCGUCUCCAAAAAAAGCCAGGUCCGAAGGUGGUAGUCCGAAGAAAGGCUUCAGACAUGCUUUCUCCGCGCUGGGACAUGCCCUCAAUAAAGUUGAGUCGAAUCUGCUAAGCGGCCAGGACUACAAGCCGUACGGCCGUCACAAAUACACCAAUCCGAGGCUUCUGGAUGAAUUCAAUGCAAGAAUCCAUGAGGAGCAGAUCAAGGCACGUGAGGAGCAAGCGAGGUCCGAAAGCAUCCAGCACGCCGCACGCCAGCUACAGGCAACCAUGGAUCACAAGGAACUACCCAUGGGAGCUCAGUGUACCGACAGCGAGAUAUACGAGAUAUUCGAAUCUCUCCGUUACGCCAUCAACACUUGGUCCUACAGAUUCUCAUCCGUGGCUGAGCACGGAAGCUUCAGCAGUGAAGACAUCUCGAGAUUCAGCCUUGUCGUACCGAAUGUCCGAGACCUGCCAUCUUUGGAAGCGCUACUCGCAUCCGACAAUAUCAACAGAAGAUUCUUCAUCCGCGGCUGGGCUACGUACGCAAUCAGCACUCGUGUCCUCCAGGACAUGAACCUGUGGAUGGGCGAAGCAGUCUCUGCCAACUUUCUUGAGCUCGAAAAUGUUUUCAAGGACGCCGUCAAUGGCAACACUGGAAUAUCACUUCGCGAUUUCCACAACUGGAGAUCGCUCACUGCCCACCUCGCCGCCCAGAUCCAACUACCGAUAUCGGAAGAAGAGAACAUCGAAGUUGCACUCAGCGAUGGAGCAGAAGGCGCCAUGGAAGCCAUCUCGCCUUGGGUAGAUCAAGAAGCAGUACCAGACAUCGAGGCGCGAUUCAUUGACCUGUUCAAGCAGGCGCUACGCCUCUCAACGAUUCUCAAGCAACAGAGAGCUCACUGGUGGUUUGACUGGCCAAGGGAGAAGAGACGGGGAGAGGGGUUGAUGUUCGAUCCGAACACCAUGUUGGACGUCAGGGGAAACGACGAGAGACUUGGUGCCGAAGAGCUGCGGGUACAGCCAGUCGAGCUUGUUUUGUCGCCAGCUUUGUACAAACGCGGGAAUGCCGCCGGUGAGCAUUUUGACAAGGAUGGAUAUUGUGUGGCGGAAUCGUUGGUGGUAAUGAGGCUCUUGGAUGGGUAA